AGAUUGACAGAUCUGUUUGCGGAAGUUGCCUGCUGGAAAUUAACUAAUUUGAAAACUUAAUGUGGACUAACAUGCAACUGUACAGAGUCAGAUGAUGUGUCCACUUGAAGAGUCCUGCACCAUGAAGCUGCAGUAAGGGUAGACCGUGUCUGUGACACCGCCCCCGUCUCUUUCCCUCCCUGUGACUGAGCCACCAUGUCCUCUGUGAUGUUUCCACCUCGCUCCCCACCUGGGAGCAGUGGCUCUGGCGGCGGUGACAUACCUGCAACUAGUGUGACGACCCAGUCCGCUGAGCAGGCUCUGUUUGCAUCGGACCGCUACGCCCGACUCAUCCUGGCCCAGAUGAACAAGAUGCGCCUCCGGACAGAUUUCUGUGAUGUAAGGCUGAGGCUGGGAAGCCGUGUGUUCAGUGUCCACAAGCUGGUCCUGGCUGCAAGCAGCCCCUACUUCUCCGCUCUCUUCUCUGGGGGGAUGAGCGAGGCAGACAAGGAAGAGGUCCAGAUCCUGGGGGUGGAGGCACCAGUGUUUGAGGUCCUGCUGGAGUUCAUAUACACAGGUAUGAUUAACGUGACGGUGGAGAACAUGCAGGAGCUGAUGGUGGCAGCAGACAUGCUGCAGCUGAGUGAGGUGGUGUCUAUCUGUGGAGAGUUCCUCAAGGGCCACAUGGACCCGUCCAACUGUGUGGGGGUAUACCAGUUCCUUGAGCAGAUCGCCUGCAUGGACAUGCUGGCGUUCACUGAGAACUACAUCCAGGUCCACUUUCUGGAGGUGUGUGUGUCGGACGAGUUCUGGGGCCUGUCCAAGGGCCAGCUGGUGAAGCUGCUGCGGAGCGAGGAGCUGCGAAUCGAGGAUGAGUACCAGGUGUUCACGGCGGCCAUGGACUGGGUCCUACAGGACGUGACCAAGAGGAAGAAGCAUGUGGUGGAGGUGCUGGACCCAGUCAGGUUCCCCCUGCUCUCCCCACAGAGACUCUUCAAGUACAUCGAAGGCAUUUCUGACUUCAGCCUGCGGGUAGCGCUGCAGACACUGCUGAGGGAAUACACAGAGGUCAGCAAGUCUCCCAAAGAGAAUAAGGUGUACAGCCUGUUACAGCCAGCCAAGAUGAGGCCAAGGAGAAAGGCCAGGAAAUACCUCUAUGCCAUAGGAGGCUACACUCGGCUGCAGGGCGGCCGUUGGAGUGACAGCCGGGCCCUGAGCUGCGUGGAACGCUUUGACUCAUUCAGUCAGUACUGGACCACUGUGUCCUCCCUGCACCAGGCCCGUAGCGGGCUGGGAGUGGCUGUGCUGGAGGGCAUGAUCUAUGUCGUUGGAGGGGAGAAGGACUCCAUGAUAUUUGACUGCACAGAGAGAUACGACCCAGUGACUAAGCAGUGGGCAGCUGUGGCCUCUCUCAAUUUCCCUCGCUGUGGUGUCGGGGUCUGCCCCUGUCACGGGGCUCUCUACGCACUGGGUGGUUGGGUUGGAUCAGAGAUAGGGAAGACAAUGGAGCGCUACGACCCGACAGAGAAUAAGUGGGAGAUCAUUGGAAGCAUGGCAGUGCCUCGGUAUUACUUUGGAUGCUGCGAGUUACAAGGCUUCAUCUAUGUGAUCGGGGGGAUUAGUGAUGAGGGGAUGGAGCUGCGUUCUGCAGAGGUGUACGACCCCAUUUCCCGGCGCUGGAGUGGCCUGCCCGUCAUGGUGACCCGGCGGGCCUACGUGGGCGUGGCCUGCCUCAACAACUGCAUCUACGCUGUGGGGGGCUGGAACGAGGCACUGGGCUCCCUGGAGACAGUAGAGAAAUACUGCCCUGAAGAGGAGAAAUGGGUGGAGGUGGCACCCAUGGCUGUGGCGAGGGCCGGGGUGUCCGUGUCAGCCGUUAACGGACUGCUGUACGCCGUGGGGGGACGGGCCUCCAGCAGAGACUUCUCGGCCCCCGUGACGGUGGACUCUGUGGAGAUUUACGACCCCCACCUGGACACCUGGACGGAGAUUGGCAACAUGAUCACCAGUCGCUGUGACGGGGGCGUGGCCGUGCUCUGAGAUUGAGCCG